UAAAAAUGUAAACAAAGACCUCAAAGACCUAAACAAGUAAAAAUUCAUGGAGAUUGUAAAGGUACAAACCAACAUUUUUCUCAUCUUAGUGAUGCAGUUGAAUAACUCGUGGUAAAUUAAAUGUCGGUUUUUGAUCGUCAACAUCCAUCUGUUGCGUAGUUACUUUGUUGGACAAAAACAUUCACGUCGUUGAAAAGUAUCUAGUUAUCAGUUUCAAUAGGUUAACAUGGCUCAUUUUGACAGCCACCAAACAAUUCAGAAAUUCUUCUAUGAAACAAGCCGCAUUUCAAAGUCUUUGGCUACUGAAGAAGUUCCCAUUGAACACUCGCCGUUAUUAUCGAUUCUGAGGCCAUACCAGCUCGAAACCGUCAAAUGGAUGACAUGGAGAGAAUUGCAAAGUUCUCGUGUUAACAUAGGUGAUUGGCGAAUAGAUACGCCAUUAGGUGGCAUUUUAGCUGAUGAAAUGGGUUUAGGAAAAACUGUUGAAAUGUUGGCGUGCAUUUUGGGACACCGAAAGAAGAAGAAAAACGAAGACGCAGAAGAGAUCGAUUCUUCCCUUCAAAUGAAUUCGACAAUUUCAUCGUCGGAAUGUACGAAAGAAACUAUCGACGAUAGCGAUAUUUCACUUCCUCUCAAUUCAUCCGAAUUACUCGAUACGGGCAAUGAAACAGCAAUGUCCCUGGAUUCAUCAGUUUCUUCUUCAGAUGGCCUCCUAGAAAAGACAUCGUCAUCCUGUGUUUCUACCGAAUCAAAUGGACGGAAAGCUCAAAAAAGAAAGAAUUCAGAAUACGAUUCACCAGUUCUAGAAAAAAGACCAGCUCUCUCAUCUAUAAAAAUUAAUCGAACGAUGAAAAAAAAGAUGAAAGAAUUAUUAAAAGAGUAUUUUGAUAAAUUCAAACGACACAGUUUACGGAAACAUUCCGUUGAAGAGAGUUUCAUCCCCAUGUUAGAUAUCAGCUUCAAAGUCAUUAUACUAAACCGAUUUUAUAACGCGUUUAAAGAUCAUUACUCCAGACAGCAAACUUGGGGAUUUCUAUUGACAGAGUUCAACGUCGAUGAUACCGAAAGUAUUGGAUACUCUGUACUAGAAAGAGAAAUGCGAAAGAAAAUGUCGAAAAACGAAAAAUCCACCGAUGAUUUUUCAGAUGCGGAUUUCAUGAAAAUAACAGCGUAUAUCGAUGAAUUUUUAACCGAAAAAAUUAUGCAGAAAUUUGAAAAGGAUUUUAAAAACAUAUUGGCUUAUAGUUUACACUUGGAUGCUGGAAAUGAUACUGUUCUGUUCGAUGGCGAUGAUGUAGCUUGCAAAUGCGGAUCUGAUAAAGCACAGGGCAAAAAGAUCAUGUGCACGAAAUGUAAUAAGUUUCAACAUUUACUCUGCGUGGGAUUAGAUCAUACUUUCGAUAAAUUCGACGAAUAUAUUUGUCCCAAUUGUUGGAUUAAAUCAGAUUUGAUAGAGUCAUCGGCUACCUUGAUCGUGAUUCCAUCGAUGCUUACUCUUCAAUGGAAACAAGAAAUCAAAAAACACGCUGCGAACUGUAAUUUAAAAGUUCGAAUUUACGAAGGAGUCAAUAAAGAUUACAUGUUACCAAAUUUACUCGCAUCUUACGAUGUAGUCAUUGCCAGUUUUGAAACGUUGCGUGCUGAAAUUAAUUACGCUUCAGAAGUGGUGGAUAAAAAUCAACGCUCGUUACGCCAGAUCAAACGAUAUUCAAUUUUUGGCUCACCUUUAACUUGCAUCAGCUGGUGGCGUUUGUGUAUAGACGAAGCACAAAUGGUGGAAAGUGCCAACCAUGUGAGUAAAAUGGUCAGUCAUCUAAAAGCCGAAUAUCGUUGGGCCAUCACCGGAACACCAGUAGGAAACUCGCUUAAAGAUUUAUAUGGAUUGACUACGUAUUUGGGUGUGAAGCCUUUCUGCGAUUCGUAUCAGUAUUUUCAAGCAUUACUUUAUGGCGAUCAAUCUCUUCUGCACCUUUUAUUCGCUCAUCUUAUGCGCCGGAAUACGAAAAGUGAAGUGAGAGAAGAAUUGAAGCUACCGGAUCUCAAAACCGAAAUCAAUUGGUUGUCUUUUACACCCGUGGAAGGAUAUUUUUACCAAUAUACGCAUUCCACUAUCGAAAAAUUAUUUAUGCCGAAAAUUGAGAAAAUAAAAAAUUUGGAUCAGCGUUUGAGUAAAGCUUGUCGCCGGACUGCGGAGAGUGUUUUAAUGCCCAUGGUAUCGUUACGUCAAGCUUGCGUUCAUCCCCAAGCUGUUAGUAAAGAAAAUUUCAAUUUAUCGAAAACUACAACUAUGGAGAAAUUAUUGGAACAACUGAUUAAGAAAGCUAAAACCGAUUGUGAAGAUAUUUUGAGAUUGUAUAUCAUGAAUAUUCACGGCGCUGCAGGAAUUAAAAUUUAUAUGGCGCAAUUUUCUGAAGCAGUUUCCUUAUACAGAACGGUGUUAUCUAAAAUAAAACAAUUCGAACAUCUGACUAUUGAUGAUUUUCAGGUGUUACAUGCGAUGCAUAAUCUAUACGAAACCGAAGCUAAAGAUAAUGACAUUACUUUAACUAACGAAGAACAAAACAUACCCGAUCAAAUAAAGGAGCUUCAACAAAAAUAUAUUGAAAGAAGACGAGAACCGGUUACCGUUUUAUUGCUGAAUGUUGAGAAACAUUCCAAUGAAAUCGGGAAUUAUCUCAAAGAUUUCCGUCUAGCUUCAUUUGAUUGGUGGUCAAGAAUGUUCAAUCGUCUGGAAUUUGAUGAAAUGAGAACUCGAAUUUUAUCCGAAUUGGAUAAAAUGAACUUGACUUUGGAUAACAUUCGAGUAUUACUGUCAACUAAGAGUCGUCUUAGUGAAGCGCUCAAAUAUUGGCUGAGUAAGCUAGAAGAUAAAAGAAUACUGACUUACUCGUUUUUGGAAAAAAUUACCAAACACACUGAAGUCUCAACUCUAUGCGAUGCUGCUGUCGAGUGUCAUUUGAGACAAACAACUGCUAAAAAAGCUUGUUUACUUUGUAAGAUGGAAAGUGUCAUGAUGGAGUACGAGAACAUUUUAUUCAACGGAAAAAUGAAAAAGAAGCAAGAUGAUAAUGAAAAAGCUAAUCCUCUAAAUUGGAAUAUGUCUGCUUUCGAGUGUAUUUUGAACGCCAUUCUGAAUCAUGCCCGAGCCGUAUAUACCAAUAACGAUCUUACUCGUGCUGCUGAUCACUUGAAAGUAUUGAGUUUGUUGAAACGGGAAUUUAAAACUGUUCGAGCGACGUGGACCAAACAAUGUGAUCUUGUUCAUAGUUACGAUGAAGUUGAAAUGGCAAAAAGUCGUUUCGAUGCAGUUUGUGGCGCCACAGAUAAGCUAAAUAAUCAAAAUCCGUUAUACCAAGGCCAAUAUGAUACGUAUGAAGCGGCAAGUAUUGUAGCAUAUUCGAGACUGCAGUCGAAAUUGGGAUCUUUACAUUACUUGAUGAAUUUGGAAAAAAAUUAUUCAGAUAAAAACUUAGCGAACGAGUGCUGUCCAGUUUGUCAACUUUCUGCAGAUGAAAGAAGAGGAGUAAUGUCGUGUGGUCAUUUUACCUGCUUUAUUUGCAUGAUGACUUUGAUAGAUCGCAGUAACGGCUCUAAAGUUCAAUGUCCCAUUUGUCGAAAUGCUGUGUCGAUUAAUAAUAUCACUUAUGUUCAUGGAGGAGGAAAUGCAAGUGCGAAUGUAGGCGAAAUUCAGGGAAAUUCUUCGGUUAAAAUAGAUGCAAUUACCUCGAAAGUGUUGGCGUUGAAGAAAAAUGAUCCGGGAGUAAAAAUAUUAAUAUUUUCGACGUGGGAUAAAGUUUUGGACGUGAUUGAACAAGCUUUUAAAGAAAAUGGAAUUAAAUUUCAAAGAUUUAUCGGAGGAAAAAAACAAAGAACUUGUAUGAAAAUGUUUCAGGGAAAUCAAGAAGUUACCGCUUUACUAAUACGUUUACAUUGUGGAGGCAAAGGGCUGAAUCUAACUGAAGCAUCGCAUAUAAUAUUUGCUGAACCUGUGCUGAGUAUUGCUGAUGAAAAACAAGCUAUCGGUAGGAUUGAUCGAUUAGGCCAAACAAAGAAUAUGGUAAUUCAUAAGUUUAUAAUGAAAAGUACAAUAGAACAACAUCUGCUAGAAAUGAACGAGGCGAUACAGAAAAAUAAUGCCGAAGUUAGCGAAUUAACGUUUCGGGAUUUGAAAGAACUGUUCAUAGCUUCUGCUAAUUCGAAUGGUUGAAAACGAUUAUUCUUAACAUUUAAUUAAUGUUGCAAUUUAUCCGAACAAUAUUUAUAAUUUACCUCGAUGUUUUGUAUUUUUGUUAUAAUUUUCGUUAUCCAAGUGUGAGUUCCUGUGUUGAACAGCUGAUAUCAACAACUUGAUUUCAAGUUGCUAUUUAUAAGUUUUUUUUAUUACGCACAAUAAAUUACUCCAUUUUCAGA